AAACUUCUACUUGUCCAACCCGGAACUGUUUCUGCGUACGUCACCGAGUGAGCGCUCUUCACCAGCAGAGACGAUCUUCGAUACAAACAUGGCGGCCUACAUGUGAAUGUCAUGCUAUUCUAAUCCAUCACCCGAAUCAGUUCAUUUCGGUUUUGAGACGUCGAUGUCCACAUGCAGAUGAUAUUUUGGGGAAUAGUUCCUUCCUUUCUCUUGGACGGCCAAAAAUUAUAAGGAGCAUAAUUUACUCAAUUCUGUAGCUGACUAGCACUCGUGUUAGCAUAUUAGCUAACCAGCUGACGGAAUCGCGAUGGAUCCUGACCAACAGCUGAGAAAUCUGCGGGAUUUUCUUCUGGUGUACAACCGCAUGACUGAAAUCUGCUUUCAGCGAUGCAGCAGCAACUUCAACUACAGAAACCUCACGAUGGACGAGGAGCGCUGUGUGGACAGCUGUGCAGGGAAGCUGAUUCGUUCUAACCACCGGCUGAUGAGCACCUACGUGCAGCUGAUGCCCCGGAUGGUGCAGCGGCGGAUGGAGGAGAUGGAAAGCAAAGCUGCGGAAAAUGCCAAGGCAGCAGCAGCAUCCGCAGCUGUUGAGACUGCAACCACAGAGGCUUCGCCAGCAUUUCAAACCCCAAUUACCUCAUCUCCACCCCAGAAAUACCUCCACUUUUAAGUCCUUCAGUGACUGAUGUUGGACCAGAGGUUCAUGGCUCAGUUUUAAAGCCUGUAGGAUUAGAUAUUCCAGCUGAGCUGGAUGCUGCUGUAUCUAAAUCAACAACAGCCACAGAUGUGAAAUUAUCUGCUGCCA